GCAUGAUAGUCCUUAAUACACUUGAACACAUGCAUACAAUCAUUAGCGAAAAUAGAGGCGUGUGAACGAAGGCACCACCAUAUUACACUCACGCCACCAAGAGCAAGACUAGGACAUCACCAAGACUCGUAGACGUUUCCAACCAUGAAUGUUUCGGUUGUGAACGGGGAAGGCCUCCCCGAUAAGGCCUACGUCAGCAUUCGCAUCGGGGAGCAACGCCGGCAGGCUCCAUACCGCAGCGAUGCGACACCGUUUCCGUUCCCCACGAGCAAUCAUGCGACGAUGAAGCUCGACAUCUUCCAGAAGGUACCGCAAACUAUACGAAAGUGGCAAUUAGAAUUUAAUUGAUGUCAUCCGACAUGCUACAUGUACAUCAAUGCCUUCAGGGGGUACAUUCAUUCUCAUUCAUUCCCUCAGAAGAGUCCUAGACCUUCUGUGAAAUCCGACUACUCUUCUCUUUGCAAUUUCACCAGGUGGCCUCCAAGAUCGUUCCCCUGUCUUCGAUGAAGUCGGAUCCGAAUUACCAUGAGAAUGUUGAUUACGGACUGAAGUUCUUUAUUGAGUGUAUAAAACUAUAAUCGAGGGUAGCUUAAGGGGUUUAUAAAAUACAUAGUCCUUUUUUCCCGCGCUAUGCGCUAGUUUGGUGAACCGAUACCCUGGAGCGAACUAGCGGGUGCACAUAGCGCGGGAACCGAGCACUUCUCUGAGGCACGCACAGACCGCGGCCGCCUUAGAUGAGAAGACCUCCAGGGAAGUUGGAUGAUAAGCGGCGCCUAGAAUAGCCGGAUCCUAAUGCUAAUAAGCCUGGCCAUCAGAAUACUUGACCUAUAGUUUUAGUUAUUCCAUCCGUUUUUGUUUUUCGGUCUUUUCCUAGUUAAGUUGGCUCCACCAAUUCUAUCAUAGUAAGACGACCGCACUCGUCUUCGUCCAGUUUUUCACUUCUUAGAAGUGUAGUGGUAUUGAAUCGGGAUACUGUAUAUGCAUACGGUGGUUGUCGGUGAAGAGAGACCGGCAUAUAGUGAAUUGGGGCGUGAAUUGAGGCUACGGAUCAACACCAUGCGCCCCAGGCCUAUGAUGUCGAGUGGCCUCUUUGUUAAGAAACAAAGAAAUGAAAAACGGACUAGAGAUGGAAUCAGCCGGGCUAUAUCUGCUUCUAAUGCGAAUUAGAUAACAACAUGCGAGUGACGCUCGCUUGCACUUCGGAAGCAAAGGACACGAAAUCUCGCUCAACCCGCCACGAAGCUGCUCUGCGUGCUACCAAAUACCUUGAUGAGCACGCUGUUCAAGGCACGCUGCAAAGCAUGAUUCACUUAUGAUGUCCAUGUCUAUGGUCGACAGCUAUUGACUGAGUGCACCAUGACCAUAGAAAGACAUUUUAGGUUUGAGCUGGUCAAUAGCGAUCGAUUUCCGUAGCAAGUUCCCUUCCUGGCACUAUUCUCUUCAUGCUUGUAAUAGAAUAGUUUAUAGACGGUGGGAAGGUGGGCGACGCUGGGCCGCUAGGCGGCCACGCUUGGCACGGUGGGCGGACCCUUGGCACACAUGUGGGGCACGGUGGGCGUACGCUGGGCGCGUAUAGCGUUGCCCCGCUGCUCCCGCCAAUGUACAGGGCCGCAGUCGAGGGCGGCGCGGCGCUGCGCUCCUCUGCGGAGUGGCCACGUUCUCGCUGCUUGCGGUGCUUCGCUGCUGUAUGCAGUGCCGCCUGGGUGUGUAGAGUGCGGCGCAGCGUUCGUUGCAGUGUGCGUCAGUGCUCUGCUGCAAUGUGCGGCCAGCGCUGCUGGGGGAUAUUCCCAGGCGGGCCAGUAGGUGGGCGCUCCGAUACGUCUGCAGCUUGCUGCGGAUCCAGGAUGCAUGCGCUUACUCUGCCGGGGGGGGCUUCAGAAAUGGACGCCCGAAGGGCGCCUCGAUUUUUGGUCCCAAGUCUCAUGGUGGGCGAAAUCUUUCGCAGAAGACCCACUUAGGGGCCGUCCAGCGGCCCAGCGUGCCAAGCGUGGUCACCGAUCCAAUUCUAGGGAAUAUAUCUUUUUCAAGGUUGUGAAAUACCGAUAAGUCACUGCGUCUGUUUCUGCUCUUCGCCUUCCUCUAAUGUCCGGAUUAUUGGCGAAGCAGCCCGCUGAGCCGUUGGCAUUCAUGAUCUCCUACCUCAACCAGCAGAAGGGUGAUAUCGAGUCGCCUGUGGGUAGUCCGAAGGCAACUGCUGCUGUAGCAGAUGAAGUGAAACCGCCAGAGAAGGAGGAAGAGAAACCCGCAGCUAUGCCCCGGGAUAUUCCCAACUACGGAGAAAUGCCUGGUAAGUAGCUUUUGUAAGUUGUACUAGUUUUGAAUUUAAGAUUAGAGGAAAUGGUGGAAUUUUUGGUCGUUGAAGGUGCGGCGAAAAGGUUGGGUUAAGACUACUUUCUCUCGUCAUUAACAAAGAUUUCAGACGAUUUUCAGAUCAUAUGACAACUAGGGGACUAUGUAUUUUCAUUUAUCAUUCACUUCAGCUAGAUUUCAACGUAAAAUUUCUCAUGAUUAGGUCUUGGUGACGAAGAGUACCCGGGAUUUCCGGCUGAUAUUUGCCCGGCGCAGAUGCCGGACCUGUCGAAGCACGCAUCGAUUAUGGCAGAUGUGUUGAAGAAGACCCCGUCAAUUUAUGAUGACCUGAAGGGCCGCCGCACGUCCAUGGGAGUCGGCUUUGCUCGAAUUAUCAAGACCGGUAAGCAGUUUGGUCUUCAUUGAUCAUGAGGGUUGUUCAGCAAAUCAUAAUGAAAUCGUUUUAUGAAGUGGAACUUUGCAUUUGCUUUUGUAGCAGAACACUGUUCUAUCAUGUAGAAUUUUCUUUUUACUUCUAGGUUGAAUAGUCUCAUCGCUAUCAUCGUGUUAAGUAUGCAAAAGUGAUACUUUUCAUAACAAGCUGAUUUUAGGUAGAUAUCGAUAUGUUGUGACGUGAUCUUGCAAUUAACAUUUGUGCAUUCGUGGUUGAACGUCCUCGAUCGGAUCUCGCUUCAGGUAUGGACAACAAGGGCCACCCGAUGGUGAAGACGUGCGGUUGCGUUGCCGGAGACGAGGAGUCCUAUAGCGUUUUCGCAGAAUUGUUCGACCCCGUCAUCGAUGUUCGUCAUGGUGGCUACCCGGCAACUGCAAAGCACCCGACCGAUAUUAAGGAUUACCAUUGUUGCUAUCCAAUGUUUUGGCACUAUCCUUGACCAGUUUCCGAAUAGAGACAGAAGUCACGAGGAAUGAUCUGCAACAGAAAUGCAAUGGCGCAACUUCUAACAAUGUGGACGUGUCGAAAUUGCUCGAUACGCCGAUCGAUCCGACAGGCCAGUACGUGAUUUCAACCCGAGUGCGCACGGGCCGAUCCAUUCGCGGCAUUGUUUUUUAUGAACUUCGUAUGAGGAGGACCUUCUUUUGCUUUUCGGAUUGGACCUGGAAUAAUUAGACUGAUGGGCUUUUUUAUUGUAAUUGUUUGAUCAUCUUCCUUGGAAUGAAAUAGCGAGCAUGAAGAUGAACGUAGGGCACGCAGCACAGGCGCACUAGGUAGUAUGAAAUAGCAAGGAAACUGAGGGCUAAGUGAUCGAUUGGUCUGUCCUGUUUCUUCUAAUUCGUGCCGCCGUCUCAUACACGAGAUUCGCGUAGAGAACUGGAACGCGUGGUUGUGAAGGCUCUGAUGUCUCUGGAAGGAGAGUUGAAGGGAGACUACUAUCCGCUGGCGGGCAGCACGAGCUACGCGCCGAAGCCGACGGGCAUGACCAUGGACGAGGAGGAGCAAAAGCGUGAGGACCACUUCUUGUUCCAAGAGCCGGACUCGACCUUGCUCCUUUCUGGUGGCAUGGGCCGCCACUGGCCGGAUGGACGUGGUAUCUUCCACAAUGAGAAGAAGAACUUCCUCGUGUGGGUCAACGAGGAGGAUCACACGCGAAUCAUCAGUAUGCAGAUGGGAGCUGAUAUCAAGGAGGUCUUUGAGCGAUUCGCGACCGGCUGCAAUGCGGUGCAACAGGUGGUGAAGGCUGAGGGCUACGAUUUCAUGCACAACGAUCACCUCGGAUACGUCCUCGUAUGUCCGUCGAACCUGGGUACAGGUCUGCGAGCAAGUGUCAUGGUCAAGAUUCCGCUCCUCAGCGCCCGCAAGGACUUCAAAGUACUGUCUAGUAGCCCUAUUGUGAAUGCGAAACUUCAUUCAACAUUCAUGUCCCCCAUCUUACCUCACUCACUAGCCUUAACGCUUCUGGCACUACUUAGCUCACGCUUUACUCGUUAUUGAACCUUUGGUCAAGAAUCAACCUUGUAGGUUCAUCGAUCUACGCCGUGGAUCUAAGUAUUUGGUGUAGGUAUGAAUGAUUUUUUGUCGCUUCAUUAAUCAGGAUAUCUGCAAGGGCAUGGGAUUGCAAGCCAGAGGUGGUGCGGGUGUCGAUAGCGCUGCGGUUGGAGGCAUCUUCGAUAUCUCGAACUCCGACAGGUCCUACUUGCUGCAUUAAGUACAUCUUUGUCUUGCGUACCUAAUUUGUCCUACUACUUCAUUUUGAGAGUGUCUGUAGUUUCACUCGUAUCUUCGGUCUAUCCUUCCCUCAUGGUGACCAUAUCAAUACUCAGACUCGGAAAGUCCGAAGUUUCUCUGGUGAAUAACAUGAUUACCGGUUGCGCGAAAUUGGUGAAGGCCGAGCAAGCGCUUGAGGCCGGCGAAUUCAUUUACGAGUUUAUGCCGGGUCUCGGUGACGAAGAGUAUCCUGGCUUCCCGCAUGACAUCUGCCCGGCGGAAGUUCCGGACUUGAGCUCCCACAACAGGUAGAAAGGGAAUCUGAACUACUCGGAGGCUUCUAUUUUCAUAGAGGAGACCGGUAUCUUUGAUAAAAUGCAGAGUGCCUGUGUACCUGAUUUAUAGAUCUCCUGUCACUGUGUCCCGCCACACAUCACAUUAUCUCUCACAGUAUUAUGGCUGAUGUCCUGAAGAAGGAUCCGUCUAUCUACGACCGACUGAAGGACAAGUCGACCUCAAUGGGCGUCACGUUCGCGCGCUGCAUCAAGACUGGUAUGGACAAUAAGGGACAUCCUAUGAUCAAGACCUGUGGUUGUGUUGCAGGCGACGAAGAAUCUUGGACCGUCUUCGCUGAGCUCUUCGAUCCAGUCAUCGACAUUCGUCACGGAGGGUACUUAUUCUUAUUUUCCUUUCUUCUUCUAACGUGUAUGUGUAUUUAAUGAUAAUGAUGGUGUUGUCGAAGUCCAUCUUCCACCACGUCCUCUGGCACCGAGGACAGAAGCGCCCUGGUAUGGUAUCGCUGUUAAAACAACCCCAGAUACCCUGCAACGGCGAAGCACCCGACAGACAUGGACGUUGAGAAGCUGUCGUCGACCGACAUUGAUUCUAGUGGAGAGUACGUGAUUUCCACGCGUGUCCGCACUGGUCGAUCCGUUCGUGGCUUGCGUCUGCCGCCCUCGUGCACCAAGGACGAUCGUCGCGAGUUGGAACGCGUCGUGGUGAAGGCCUUGAUGUCCUUGGAGGGCGACUUGAAGGGAGAUUACUAUCCGCUUGCCGGCAGCAAGAGUUACGAACCUAAACCAAACGGAAUCAGCUAUGAAGAAGAAGAGACGUUGCGCAAUGAGCACUUCUUGUUUCAGGAGCCGGACUCGACCCUGCUGCUCUCUGGCGGUAUGGGCCGCCACUGGCCCGACGCCCGUGGUAUCUUCUUCAACGACAAGAAGAAUUUCUUGGUCUGGGUUAACGAGGAGGACCACACGCGGUUAAUCAGUAUGCAAAUGGGCGCCGACAUCAAGGAAGUGUUCACACGAUUUGCCACCGGGUGCAAUGCUGUGCAGGAGGUUGUCAAAGCGGAAGGAUAUGACUUCAUGCACAAUGACCAUCUUGGUUAUGUGCUCGUGUGCCCGUCCAACCUGGGAACAGGUCUUCGUGCCAGCGUCAUGGUCAAGGUACUAUUAAAAUUAAUGAACAUCGAUUAUAGAACAAUAGCUCUGGGUUCAGCGCUAUGCUUUCUUGGUAAUUUUCGUGCCGGGAUCUUCGCACCCUUUCCCUUUGUAGCAUUGCAUUCAUGUUAAUUAUGGGAGUGUACUCUGACGAGAAGUAAACAACAUGGAUUGAAGUCUUCCUCGUUUUAUCAAUCAAGAUUCCGAAAUUGUCGGCACGACACGACUUCCGUGAUAUUUGCAAGGGAAUGAGGCUCCAGGCACGCGGCGGCGCGGGUGUUGAUAGCGCUGCAGUUGGCGGCAUCUUCGAUAUUUCGAACUCUGACCGACUUGGUGUGUCGGAAGUUGACCUUGUCAACAAUAUGAUCGAAGGCUGUGCGAAAAUCGUCAAGAUGGAACAGGUAUUGGAGUGGAUACCAUUACUCUAGCUUGUUUUCCAGUACCAACAUUCCGAUAAAAGUUGCAGCUGCAGCAAUUCUAAUUCAGCUCGAUGAUCGCGGUCGUUAGAGAUAGAGAAGAUGAGCAGCAAUUUUGCCUAAAGCUGAACAUCAUGAAAAUCACGACCCGAACCCAUGUACAGGCGCUUGAGAAGGGAGAGUUUAUUUACCAGUACAUGCCGGGUCUCGGCGACGAGGAAUAUCCUGGCUUCCCGCACGACGUUUGCCCGGAAGAGUGCCCGGACCUUAGCUACCACAACUCGAUUAUGACUGAUGUGCUAAAAGCGAACCCAGAUAUGUACGGUGAUCUCAAGGAGCUGAAAACGUCGAUGGGUGUAGGUCUUGCGCGUUGCAUCAAGACAGGAAUGGACAAUAAGGGCCAUCCAAUGAUCAAGACUUGCGGAAUUGUCGCUGGUGAUGAGGAGAGCUACGAAGUAUUGAAAAUUCACUUUUUUCUUACUAAGCACAUGAAUCGCAAUCGCAAUUGGGUCAGUAAGUAGUUGUUCUUUCUAUUGAAUUCAUACGAGCUACAGUUUCAACAUACGCAUUGAAUAAAAGGGUGCAUCAUCGACUGCUUUCGCACGGCAGUUAACGACACAUUCAGUAAGGAGUUCGUUGUCAGCGUUUCUGAUUCUGUUUCGAUAUUGUUACUUGCGCUUGCAUGGAGCACAUCUUUACCUUCCUUCACCAGGUCUUCAAGAAAUUGUUUGACCCGAUCAUCGACAUUCGGCAUGGUGGUUACAAGGCGGAUGCCAUUCACCCGACUGACAUGGACAUGGAGAAACUCGACUCCGCGACGAUCGACCCUACGGGACAGUAUGUUAUCAGCACGCGCGUGCGCACUGGGCGUUCCGUGCGAGGACUGCGACUGCCGCCAGCUUGCACGAAGGAGGACCGCCGGGAGCUGGAACGGGUCGUGGUGAAAGCGCUGAUGUCGCUCGAAGGAGAGCUAAAGGGCGACUACUACCCUUUGGCGGGAAGCACAAGCUACGAGCCAAAGCCCAAUGGAAUCACGUAUGAGGAGGAAGAGACGCUGCGCACCGAGCACUUCUUGUUUCAGGAGCCGGACUCGACGCUGCUGCUCUCCGGCGGUAUGGGCCGCCACUGGCCAGAUGCUCGUGGUAUCUUCUUCAACGACAAGAAAAACUUCCUGGUGUGGGUCAACGAGGAGGAUCACACAAGGCUGAUCAGUAUGCAAAUGGGAGCAGAUAUCAAGGAGGUCUUCUCCAGGUAUACUUGAGAUCUUAACUUUCAAACUGUAUUUCUACUUAAUACCAAAACAGUGAGUGUUGCGAGUUUCUUUAGGAUGGUUGGAAGUUUGUGAUGAAGUUGUAGUAGACGAGCUUUCUCAUUAUAUGAGGUUUCGAAUUUUUGUCACUCAGGUUCGCUCGCGGCUGCAACGCGGUUCAGGACGUAGUGAAAGCUGAGGGAUACGAUUUCAUGCACAAUGAACACUUAGGCUUCGUGCUGGUGUGCCCGUCGAACUUAGGUACCGGUUUGCGAGCAAGCGUCAUGAUCAAGAUCCCGCUUUUGAGCGCACUUCCCGACUUCAAGAGCCUGUGCAAAAAGCUUGGAUUGCAGCCUCGUGGUACCACUUAUACUUAAAUGUGGCAUCUACGUGAUCUUUGCAGUGUGCUUGAAGAAAUAUCACAGUCUGUAUGGUUCAGAAAAUGUUAAGGUACUUCAAGCGUAAAAAGCGCUCCGUGUUCAAGUUGUAAGAGGAGGUGCUCAAGUUGUUUCAGUUGUGCGGUUGUUUCCAAAUGAAGUUGCAACAGGGUUAGCUUGUGCUGAUAAAAGGAACAAAGAAACCAUGUGUGCAGGUAACAGACAUGAUCUGUCUUCUUCGAAAAAUUUCAGGUGGUGCCGGAGUUGACAGUGAUAGCGCUGGCGGUGUUUGGGAUAUUUCGAACUCGGACAGGUUGGGCAAGUCCGAAGUUGAGCUGGUGAAUAAUAUGAUUCGCGGUUGUGCCGCUUUUGUGGUAGCCGAACAGAACCUAGAAAAGGGCGAAGCCCACGGCCUUGAAGCGGCCAUUGAGGCAGCAGCCGCCGCGGCAAAGGAAGUGGCGGCUCCGGCGGAUGAGGCACCCGCCGAAGAGGCUCCAGCGGCAGCAGAAGGAGCCGCCCCGGCAGCCGAUGACGAGACUCCGGCAGCGGCUCCGGAACCGCCGGCAGAAGUGGAGGCAGCAGAAGAAGCGGCGCCAGCAGAAGAGGCGCCUGCUGCGGCAGAAGAAGCUCCAGCGGCGGCCGAAGAGGCGCCUGCAGAAGCGUAGGAGCCUCGUGAGUGAGCUGAGGAUGUUUAACUCUCCAGGAAUGCUAGGAUGUUGCGAGAAAUAGUGAUUUUUUUUUCAUUUGCUAUGACACUUUCCAACAGGACAUGCAUUGCUAUAUAUUAGCAAAGAAACAAUAACAAACUACCAGACUGAGACUUGAUGGAAAGGGCAUAGCGACGAAGGCUUUCGCGAAAUGAUAGCAUAGAAGAAUAUGCCUUUCCCUUUUUAACAUUGCUGCAAGAUCACAAGAUAAGUAAUGAGAUACAGCAUCUUCAUAAAAACCACAGAUUCUUUCAAAUUGAACAGUAGACUCUCAGAAAAAGUACCACUCACUCUAUCAAAAACAGAUUUAUUAUGUUGGAAAGCGAUUCUUUUCAUUUACUAGUGAUGAAGACCAUCGAUGUCGGAAACAAAGAUCCGAGAUUUACUUACUUAGUCACAUCAUUGAUUAUCAUGAAAAUGGAAGACCCACACAGACCACAUGGUGGUCAUCGCCCGAACAGGUAAAAUCGAGGACGCAGCAUUGGGUCUGUUGAAACGCCGUAAGCGAGCGAGGCAGCCAUAAAGUUAUGAUGGAGAAUGUGAAACUUAUCGUCCUAAUCUCUCUUCUCAAACAAUGACAAUAAGUCACAAUAACAAAAUGCCUUAGAAGAAGCAAAUCAUCAUAGACAUCAGGUUUAGUGCUGUUCGAGGUCGUCGUCCGCCAUGAUUUCUCUAGAUUUCCAUCCCUGUAGCUACCGCAUGACAUGGGUUACACUUACAGCGUUGACUUGAUCCAGAUAAGCCACAUCGAACGUUAUGGAACUAAAAGUAAAUCAAAAUGAUAAUCGGAACAAAUGUCGUCCUCAUUGAGUAGUGUCUGACUAUCUUCCAGGAGUUCUCAUACACUUGUAUCCUAAAAUUUCGGAGGGGCCCGAUGCACAGAAUUCAUGAUAGGAUAUUAUGAGUAAAUACGCUGAAACAGAUGGAUGUUUUGCUCCUGACUUUGAGCUAGACGAAAUGCACAGAGAUGAUUUUUGGCGUAGCUGCGAUGCAUCGACAUUUUUCCAUGUGUCAUCACUUCUCGAGAUAAUCUAUCUAGCAUAUUUACAAAGACUCGGUGAGGAGGGUCUACAGGUUUUUACAUUAAUGACAUUAUGAAAUUGGCCGCUUGCGCCUUGCUGCUUUGCUGCUUGCGCCUUGCUGCUUGUAUCGUGCGGCCUGAUGUCGCACCGGUGCUCUAGGCGCAGGGUUGAGGCAGGCCCAUCUGCAUUUGAAUCAAUCUGCACGUUAGCUUUUGGCAUACGACCAAGCAGUGAAAAACCACGGACGCGGACCUCUUUCCUGAUUUUCUCCAAAGUCAAGUCGGCAAUGCCGUUUUGAGAGUGACUCUUGUGAUUCCACGGCAGCGCAAAACAAAC